AAGGAGGAAUGAAGCUUACCAACAAUUUCCACACAAUGGAGAUAUCUCUUUUUAUUGGAAUGCAUUUUAUGUUACAUAUUGCUCAUUUAUGGAAUUAAAAAUGGCACCAUUGCCUUUUUGUUUUUUUAAAAAAUUAUUAAGGCACUGAAACUCCUAUAUAAGUAGUGGUGUGCUCAUUGAAGAAAAUUAAGAAAAAGAUAUAAAACUAAGAAGUUUCAUAAUUAAAAUAAUGGCGAAUAGCAUAUUUCUUCAAUUUAUUGCAAUUAUAUUCCUUGUAAUGCAUGGACACGUUCUAUGCGGUGGAGGGUUCAACACUCAGUUCAUAGCCAGUGAAGCAGAGGCACUUCUUGAGUUCAAGGAUGGCUUGAAAGACCCUUCAAAUCUUUUAUCUUCAUGGACACAUGGAAAAGAUUGUUGCCAUUGGAAAGGAGUAGGAUGUAACACAACCACAGGUCAUGUUAUCUCCCUUAAUCUCCAUUCUUCUAAUUCCUUAGAUAAACUUCAAGGUCAUAAUUUAAGUUCAUCUUUGCUAAAAUUGCCACAUUUAAGUUAUUUGAACCUUAGUGGCAAUGACUUCAUGCAAUCUAGAGUACCUACUUUUCUAGGUACUAUGCAAAAUUUAAAACAUCUUGACCUAUCUCAUGCAAAUUUUAAGGGGAGUCUCUUUGAUAAUCUUGGAAACCUUUCUCUACUUGAAUCACUUGAUUUGAGUGGAAAUGGUUUCUAUGUCAACAGUCUAAAAUGGCUUCAUGAACUUUCGUCCUUGAAAGUUCUGGAUUUAAGUGGUGUUGAUCUUAGUAGUUGCAAAAAUGAUUGGUUUCAUGAUAUUAGCAUAAUACUCCAUUCUCUUGAAACAUUGUGUUUAUCGUGUUGUCGACUUCACAAACUACCUAAAUUCCCUCGAUCUGAACUGAAUUGUGAUUCUCUUGUAACUCUCGAUCUGUCGAUAAACUAUUUCAAUAGUACUAUUCCUGAUUGGUUGUUUGAAAAUUGUCGUCGCCUUCAAUACCUUAAUCUCUCGAGGAACGCUUUACAAGGUCCAAUUCCACAUUCAAUUGGGAGGGUGACAACUCUUGCAACACUUGAUCUGUCACAAAAUAUGCUCAAUGGUUCAAUACCAAAUUCCAUUAGCAUGCUUUUGAGUCUUGUAUCACUAGAUCUAUCAGACAAUAUGCUCACCGGUUCAAUACCAUCAACAUUAGGGCAAGCUCAUGGCCAAAGUAGUUUGAAAAAGUUGCAUCUUUCUAAUAAUCUAAUAAAUGGGUCAUUAGAAAGAAACAUUCACCAACUAUCAAAAUUGGUUGUGUUGGAUUUAGCUUAUAACUAUUUGGAAGGUAAUAUCAGUGAUGUACAUCUAGAUAACUUUAGCAACCUCAAAGUGUUACACCUAUCUUUUAACUAUAUAACUUUGAACAUGAGCAAAAAUUGGAUUCCUCCUUUCCAACUUGAAACUAUAGGUUUGGCGAAUUGUCUUUUGGGCCCUCAAUUUCCAAAAUGGAUUCAAACUCAAAAGAAUUUCUCCCAUAUUGAUAUAUCAAAUGCAAGUGUCUCUGAUACUGUGCCAAAUUGGUUUUGGGAUUUGUCACCUAAUGUUGAGUAUAUGAACCUCUCUUACAAUGAACUGAAAAGAUGUGGACAAGGUUUUUCACAAAAAUUGAAACUUAAAACACUUGAUUUGAGAAACAAUAAUUUCUUAUGUCCUUUGCCCCGUUUGCCUCCUAACUCGAGGAUGGUGGAUUUGUCCCAUAAUUCAUUUUAUGGAACAAUUUCACAUGUGUGUGAGAUAUUGAGCUUCAAUAACUCAUUGGAAAUUCUUGUGUUAUCUUCAAAUAAUUUGUCAGGAGUCAUUCCAAAUUGUUGGACAAAUGGGACAAACAUGAUCAUUCUUAAUCUGGCUAAAAACAAUUUUACUGGAUUAAUUCCAAAUUCCUUUGGUUGCCUUGCAAAGCUUCACAUGUUAAUAAUGUCCAACAAUAAUCUUUUUGGAAAAAUUCCCAACACACUAAGAAAUUGCCCACUGAUGACUUUAUUGGAUUUACAGUCGAAUCGAUUUUCAGGGGGCAUACCAUCUUGGAUUGGUACAGACAUGCCAAUUUUAAAGGCACUCAUGUUGGGUAGGAAUUCCUUUGAUGGAAAUAUACCAAAAACAUUAUGCCAACUCAAGUCUUUACAGAUGUUAGACCUUUCUGAGAAUCAAUUGAGGGGAGAGAUUCCAAAAAGAUGCCACUUCGCUGCAAUGGCAACUGAAGAAAGUGUAAAUGAAAAUUCCUACAUGGAAUAUCUUUCAAUUAAGGAAAGUCUUUUGAUCUAUCUGUUUGAAAGGAAUAAUCAACUUCUAAUGCUAUUCCAAAGGAGAAAUGCUAUGCUUAAAACAAUUGACUUGUCAUCAAAUAAUUUAACAGAAGGCAUCCCUGUUGAAAUGGCAGAGCUAGCUGAAUUAAUUUCAUUAAAUUUGUCGAGGAACCAAUUGGUGGGUUCCAUUCCUUCCAAUAUUGGUGAACUGAAAAACUUGGACACAUUAGAUUUGUCGUGGAAUCAUUUAUCAUGUGCCAUUCCCACUAACAUGGCAAAUAUGGAACGGCUAGCUGUGUUGGACUUAUCAUACAACACUUUGUCUGGGAAAAUUCCAUCAGGACCUCAGUUGCAAUCAUUUUCUGGAUUCAGUUUUGAAGGUAACUCACACCUUUGUGGUGAACCACUCGAGAAAGCAUGCCCCAGAAACAGUUCGUUCAAAGAUGCACAUUGCAGUCACAGUGUAGAACAUGAAAAUGACAGCAACCAUGAAGAUAAAGGAAUGGACAUGGAAAUAAAUCCGUUCUACAUAAGCAUGGGAAUAGGAUUUUCCACAGGAUUUUGGGUAUUUUGGGGAUCUUUAAUACUCAUUGCAUCUUGGAGACAUGCUUACUUCCGUUUUCUAAGCAACAUGAAUGAUAGGAUCUAUGUCACAGUAGUUGUUGCAUAUAAUAAAUUGCGUAGGAAGCUUCACGCUCAACAACCUCCCAUGUAACCAAACUAUGUUUGCUUUGUUAUUGUGUUAAGAAAUAGAUGGCACAAAAAUUGUAUCCCGGGGAGUUGAUGAUUUUGAAUAAAGAAUUUCAGCCUUAAACAUAUCACUAUCUAUAUUCUGUGUUUUGUGUCUCAAAUCUGAUUUGUUAAUGUUAAGUUGACACAAUUGCAAAGCUGAAUAUUGAGCACACUCCUACAAGCAAUAACUUUAUCACUUUCCUUUAAAAUAUCCAUCAUAUAUAACCAACAGUGUUACAGUGCUACCAUUAACACUUCCCUUUUCUGGUUUCAAUGUGAAUCUAUCGUCACUGAGGUUAUGACUGCCUGUUAUUCCAGGCUAUAUUGUCUCUUUUCGGUCGCUUCUGUAUGCAAUAUAUAUGAAGAGGUGUUGUUAAAUAGUCAUUAGCAUUUAGCACUACUUUAAUUCAUAAUAAAGAAAUAUAGUUGACGAAAUGAUGAUGAAGAAAGCAGAUUGUCGUCUGCUGAUAAUCUGACACAUUCACUUAGACUAUAGUUGCACCUAACAAACCGUUAUAACUAAUCUAACUACCCAUAUCCAGUUAUGCUUACAAUAGGAAAACAGUUAUCUUGUGGUACAAGUAUUACACUUUGAUUUCUUUGUUAUCAAUAGCAUACCAUCUUGGAUAGGUUCAAAUAUGCAAAUCCUAGAGACACUCAUAUUGGGUAGGAAUAACUUUGAUGAAAAGAUGAGUUAAUAUUUUAAUUUGAAAACUUUGGUACUAUUUUUUACCCACAUUUGAACUCUGAAUUAAUUUGAUUGUGAGAUAAAUAAAGUAAUUAUUCUUUGGGCAAAAUAUAUAUUACCGAGACCAAGGUUUUAAAUUCAAUUCCGCAUCCGCAAUUGCAGCCGCAGUAUUGUUGAUGCAAUAACCUCCGCAACCGCAUCACACAUCAAUUGCGUUGUGAUUUUUAUUCACGUGUACGGCCACAACCGUUACCGCAUCCGCGUCCGCAAUUUAAAACCAUGACUCAGACAUUUCUUUCUUAGAAAUUGAAGGGUUAGACAAAAUAUACAAGAACUAAAUGAAGCACAAAUGCAAAAGCUAAGAAGAAAACUAACAGUAUGUUCUACUCUCUCAAAAAAACAUCUUGACUUCAAAAAAGACUUUGACAUUUUCUAUUUUUUUUUUUUUUGCAAAGGACAAGAGACUUUAGAAUAACUUGUAGAAAACGGUACAAGAUGAUGUUACAAUCCUAAAUGGAGGGUCACUAGAGAUGCAGGGAUGAAACUUACAAAAGCUAAACAAUAGUGUUGACUUCAAUGACUUUGGAAUGGAAUACUUUUCUUUUCUGGUUAAAAGAAAAUAUUUUCUACUUUUUCUAUGUACUUUAAUAAUACAUUAAUACACAGAAUAUUUUUAACAUUUCAUAUGUGUUAAUAAUUUCUUUAAAAUAAUCUUUAUUUAAUUUAUCAUUAACAGGUAAAAAAAAUUCUAAGGCACCAAAACUCCUAUAAGUGGUGGUGUGCUAAUUCAAGAAAAUUAAGAGUUAUAAAAUUAAGAAUCUUUACAAUCAAAAUGUUGGUGAAUAACAAAUUCCUUCAACUUAUAGCAAAAAUUAUUGCAUUUCUAUGCCUUCUAAUGCAUGAACACAUUCUAUGUGAUGGAGGGUUCAACACUCAGUUCAUAGCCAGUGAAGCAGAGGCACUUCUUGAGUUCAAGGAUGGCUUGAAAGACCCUACAAAUCUUUUAUCUUCAUGGACACUUGGAAAAGAUUGUUGCCAUUGGAAAGGAGUAUGAUGUAACACAACCACAGGUCAUGUUAUCUCCCUUAAUCUCCAUUCUUCUAAUUCUUUAGAUAAACUUCAAGGUCAUUUAAGUUCAUCUUUGCUUCAAUUGCCAUAUUUAAGUUAUUUGAACCUUAGUGGCAUAGAUUUCAUGCAAUCCACAGUACCUUAUUUUCUAGGUACUAUGGAAAAUUUAAAACAUCUAGACCUAUCUCAUGCAAAUUUUAAGGGGAGACUCUUUGAUAAUCUUGGAAACCUUUCUCUACUUGAAUCACUUGAUUUGAGUGGCAAUGAUUUCUAUGUCAAUAACAUAAAAUGGCUUUCUGGACUUUCUUCCUUGAAAUGUCUCGAUUUAAGUGGUGUUGAUCUUAGCAAUUGCCAAAAUGAUUGGUUUCAUUACAUCAACAUAAUACUUCCUUCUCUUGAAACACUGUGUUUAUCGGGUUGCCAACUUCACAAACUACCUACCUUUCCUCCACCUCAAGUGAACUUUGAGUCUCUUGUAACUCUUGAUGUGUCUGUCAAUUAUUUCAAUAGUAUCCCCGACUGGUUGUUUGAAAAUUGUCAUCACCUUGAAUACCUUAAUCUCUCAACGAACAAUUUACAAGGUCCAAUUCCAUAUUCAAUUGAGAGGUUGAAAACUCUUGCAACCCUUGAUCUGUCGCAAAAUAGACUCACUGGUUCAAUAUCAUCAAUAUUGGGCCAGGUUAAUGGCCAAAAUAGUUUGAAAGUGUUGCGUCUUUCUAAUAAUCAAUUAAAUGGGUCAUUGGAAACAAGUCUUCAUCAGCUAUCAAAAUUGGUUGUGUUGGAUUUAGCUCAAAACAAUUUGGAGGGUAAUAUCAAUGAUGUUCAUCUAGCUAACUUUAGCAACCUCAAAGUGUUGGAUCUGUCUUUUAACCAUCAAGUCACAUUCAACAUGAGCAAAAAUUGGAUCCCUCCUUUCCAACUUGAAACUAUAGGUUUGGCUAAAUGUAAUUUGGGCCCUCAAUUUCCAAAAUGGAUUCAAACUCAGAAGAAUUUCUCCCAUAUUGAUAUAUCAAAUGCAAGUGUCUCUGAUACUGUGCCAAAUUGGUUUUGGGAUUUGUCACCUAAUGUUGAGUAUAUGAACCUCUCCACUAAUGAACUGAAAAGAUGUGGAAAAGGUUUUUCUCAAAAACUGAAACUUAAAACACUUGAUUUGAGCAACAAUAAUUUCUUAUGUCCCUUGCCCCGUUUUCCUCCUAACUUGAGGAUGUUGGAUUUGUCCAACAAUUCAUUUUAUGGAACAUUUUCACACGUGUGUGAGAUAUUGGAUUUCAAUAACUCAUUGGAAAUUCUUGACUUGUCUGUUAAUACUUUAUCAGGAGUCGUCCCAAAUUGUUGGACAAAUGGGACAAACAUGAUCAUUCUAAAUCUGGCUAAUAACAAUUUUAUUGGGUCAAUUCCUGAUUCCUUUGGUAGCCUGCCUGAUAAAUCUUCACAUGUUGUUAAUGUACAACAAUGAUUUUUCUGGAAAAAUUCCCAACACACUAAAAAAUUGCACAAUGAUGACUUUAUUGGAUUUACAGUCGAAUCGAUUUUCAGGGCCCAUACCAUCUUGGAUUGGUACAGACAUGCAAAUCCUAGAGACACUCAUUUUGGGUAGGAAUUCCUUUGAUGGAAAUAUCCCAAUAUCAUUAUGCCAACUCAAGUCUCUACAUAUAUUAGACAUUUCUGAGAAUCAAUUGAAAGGAGAGAUACCAAGAUGAGUCUUCGCUGCAAUGGCUACUGAUGAAAGUAUAAACGAUAAAUCGUAUAUGGAGUUUCUUACUAUUAAAGAAAGUAUUUCAAUCUAUCUGUCUGAAAGAAAGUCUCUUUUGAACCAUUUGUUAGAAAAAAAUAUUUUUCAUGGAUAUUUUGAAAAUCUAAAAAUGAUUGACUUGUCAUCAAAUAAUUUAACAGAAGGCAUCCCUGUUGAAAUUGCAGAGCUAGCUAUAUUAAUGUCAUUAAAUUUGUCGAGGAACCAAUUGGUGGGUUCUAUUCCUUCCAAUAUUGGUGAAUUGAAAAACUUGGAAUUUUUGGAUUUGUCAAGGAAUCAGUUAUCAUGUGCCAUUCCCACUAGCAUGGCAAAUAUCGAACGGCUAUAUUUGUUGGACUUAUCAUACAACACUUUGUCAGGGAAAAUUCCUAUCGGCUCUCAGUUGCAAUCAUUUUAUGGUUCCAGUUUCGAAGGUAAUCCACACCUUUGUGGUGUACCACUCGACAAUGCAUGCCCCAUAAACAGUUCGUUCAAAGAUGCACAUUGUAGUCACAGUGAAGAACAUGAAGAUGACAGCAACCAUGAAGACAAAGGAAUGGACAUGGAAAUAAAUCCGUUCUACAUAAGCAUGGGAAUAGGAUUUUCCACAGGAUUUUGGGUAUUUUGGGGAUCUUUAAUACUCAUUGCAUCUUGGAGACAUGCUUACUUCCGUUUUCUAAGCAACAUGAACGAUAGGAUCUAUGUCACAGUAGUUGUUGCAUAUAAUAAAUUGCGUAGGAAGCUUCACGCUCAACAACCUCCCAUGUAACCAAACUAUGUUUGCUUUGUUAUUGUGUUAAGAAAUAGUAGAUGACACAAAAAUUGUAUCCAGAGUGUUGAUGAUUUUGAAUAAAGAAUUUCAGCCUUAAACAUAUCA